UCAGUCAAUAUUUCCUGUCGUGAGUCUUGAUUGGUUGAACUACCGGGUGCGCUUUACCGCCAUUUUGAAAAUUUAAACCUACAAUGUCGGACACCGAAGAAAGAGAGAAUUCUCCUGUUUCCAAAGAGGAAGAAGAUGUUAAGAAAGAGGAAUCGGACAUUGAUGAAGAUGAAAGUCAUGGUGACUCAGAUGAACCAUCUCCUACAAAAUCAGAAUCCUCAACUGCUGCUGUAAAUGAAUCCUUAAAUAAAAGUCCAAGUCCCAAGAAAAAGAAGCAGCCAGCUAAGAAAGACGAGGAACAAGAAGAGGAGGAUGGGGAAGAGGAAAGUGAAGAGGAAAGUGAUGGUGAACCGAAGCUUGGACUUUUAGAGCGACCCGUUGUUAUAGAAUCUGGAAAAAGGCAGAAGAAGAAAGUUGAACGCUUAGACAUAUCUGGCAAUGCAACUCCAAAAGAAAAGAAACAAAUUGAAUUUGAUGGUGCUGGUUUGAAACUUGGAGACUGUCCCAGAAUUGAGUUGCAGAUACAGAAGAAUAAAGCUGAUGAUUUGAAAGUGUUGCAUAAAUAUUUGUUUGGAUUACGUGGUGCAACUAAUACUGUAAAGAAAAAUCUGCGCAACUUCAAUGGGUUUAGCUUUGAAAAAGAUGACAAAGAAUACGAGAAGAAGACUGCCGUACUGAUCAAAUAUACAAUGACAAUGUUAAGACAGUUGUGUGCAAUACUUGAUCUGGAGAGACAGGGUUCAAAAGAACAAGUCAUUGAAAGAUUAAUGACUUUUUGUAUGGCACCCAAAGAUUCUGGCAAAAAAGUCCCUAAACCAAAAAGAAAAAGAGGACCAAGAGCAAAGAAAGAAACGGGUGUGAAACGGAAAAGAGCAUCAAAAAAAGAGAUGGAAGAAAGGAGAAAGAAUGCUGAAAAAGCACAAGAAGAAGAUGAUGAGGAUGAUGAUGAGGAUGAUGAUGAUGUAGAGAGUGCAGAGGAUAGUGAUGAGAAGGAAGAAGAAGACAAAGAAUCUGAAAAAUCAGAGAGCGACGAGGAAGAAUCUGAGGAGGAGGAGGCUCCCAAAAAGAAAAAGAGAAAAAUAGAAACUCCAAAGAAAAAGUCUCCAACAGAAGCCAAAGCUAAAAAACCUGCUGCCAAGAAAGAAACAAAAAAGCCAAAAGUUACACCCAAGAAAGUUGCAGCUCCAGUGGUAUCUGACUCUGACUCAGAAGACAGCGAUGAUUCUGAUGAUGAACCACUUCAAAAGAAGGCAAAACCUAAACCGUCACCACCAACAAAUGACGACUUAAAGACAGUGAUAAAGAAAAUACUAGACAAAGCUAACCUUGAAGAAGUCACAAUGAAAUCAGUUAUUAAAGAGGUUUAUGAAAAAUAUCCAGCAUUUGACUUGUCAGAUAGAAAAGACUAUAUUAAGAAGACAGUGAAACAGUUAAUAACAUGAUGUAUGAUUUGAGAGCUCACCAUUCACCACACAAGAAAGUUCUCCAUCCAUGAGUUACGGCCCCGGGGAAUAGAAAAAGGAACAGAUAUCUAGCUGAUUCCUCUGAUGACUGCACUUCUGUCUUCAAAUAUCUCCUCGGCCACAUCUCUUUUCUUCAUUCCUUCCUCAGAGGAAUUAGCUAGCAUGUCAACAUGCCUGGAUAUAGGAGUAACUUCUCAGUGAAAGUGUACCGUGAAGUAAGGUCGUGAUAAACAUCAAGGGAGUACUGUAAAAGUAUAGGGCUUUACACUUUUAACUCAUAUCAACCAAGUCAGCAUAUAAAUACUUCAGUAAAACCACUCCAUAUGGAAUUCAUCGAUCAUGAAUCCAUAAAUGCUUAAAUGAUAGAAUAUUUGAUAUAACGAAAAUGCAUAAUUGUGCCAAUAUUGGACUUCUACUAUAAAGAUCAUGACCUUUAAAAUCUUAAGAAUUGUUAUGAGGAAAAUUGGGUUAAAGCUAUGAACGGUUUAGUGUAAAUUUCAAAUUGGUUUUACCUGAAAAAUAGAAUGCAAAAGAAAGAGGAUUAUGUCAGCUAUUGCUGUGUUAUGCUGUAGAGAAACUCUGCUUAUUCUGGUAGGUUAGAUUUAAUAUGUACUUUUAUAAAAUGUUGCAAAGAAUUUUUUUUUAUUUUAUUUUUCUAUAUUUUUUUUUUUUUUUUUACAAUUAUAACAGCUUGCAGUUCAUUUGUUGCUCCUCUUUGUAUAAGAGCUUUUAGUUUUCCAAAAUACAAGGCCUAUUUCUAGUAAAACAAUGGUUCAACCCAAGACUUCGGGCUUUGUUUACUAAUUGUACAUUAAAUUUUUAACAUUUGCAUAGCUGAAAUAAGCAGGAAACAUUACAAAAGAAGUGAUAUAUUUUGGAGCGUGGGGUCAGGUUUUUCAUUAAGGUCAGCACCCACAUGUUCUGAUGUUCUGUUUUGGGAUCACACAUUCUGGUAUAGCGCAUGUGGAUUUUGGGUAGUAAUUUAGUAAACAUCUAGCAAAGGCUUCCGGUAGUUUACAGAAUUUCAAUGAGCAUUUUACUGCUCCUAGAACUCUGUAAGGAAGUUUUUGAAAUACAUUUCUGAAUAUAGUUAUAAAUAUCACAAGUACAUUCAUCACAUGUCUUUCAUAGAGGGCACACUAUUUAUAAACUAAAAUACAGAGUCAAUUAGAGCUCGGAGAAACAAUUUUUAUUUUUUUAGUAUAAUGUCAUUUUAAGUGUUUUCAAAUUGUGUCGUAUACGUACAUGCAUGUAAAUACCCAUGAGUAUGUACAUUUUUACAUUAAUACAGUGUCCGUGUUUUAUGUCUGUAAGAAGCAAUUCUAUAUGUAGUUUGUGUAUUUGUAAGCCUUUUAAGGUUGGCUGUAGAAUAAUAUUCCAAUGUACUGUUUUAAUAUCUAUAACUUUCCAUAUGAAGAAUGUAAGUUUAAUCAUGGGCAGCAAUUGAUGUAGUACAUGUACUAUAUGGUUAGUGUGUAGUGAGGAUAAUUAUCAUUGUUGUAUCUCGCCACAUCCGUGUCUCAUUAUGUUCAAAGAACAGUAUUCAUAUUACUCAGUUAUCAGCUUUUAAUUUAGAACUCAUACAUAGAAAGCAUUAUCAAUUUCAAAAAUGAAGUUUUGCCAUCCUUGGAAUUCCACCAAAACAAAAAUCUUAGCAAGGGAAGCGUUAUGUUUUCAGUCAACUUAGAAUGGGUUGAAUUAAUCAUGGCGAAUACAACUAUUAACGAUGGAGAUCUCCUGAUACUUCAUCCCCAUCUUUAUAUAUGGAAUGGGUUGUGUUCCCAUCUGUGUUCAUCACCAACCAAAUCAUUUUAUAUCAAAUUAUGCAAUAAUGUUUUCCUGGUGUAACUCACAUUGUUAUUUUAAAUGUAUCUAAAAUUAACUGAUAGACAGGGAAAAACCAGGAGAAGAAAACGUGCAUGUUCUUUAACUUGUAAAAUGUAGCAGCAAGAAACUCAAUGAUCUAAUUCUGUAGCAAGUUUGUUUCCAUUGUGGAAUGAUGGACCUUCUAUUGUAUAAUGUUUGCCAAACUACCAUGAUCCACAGAUCAGGGUGUCAAAUAAAACCAUCAUACAAAUACAUGUCUAUUGAAACUUUUAAAUGUUUGUCAAAAAUACAAGAUUUUACAUUUCAA